UCUUGGCUGUCGCCGAGUCCGCCUCCGCGUCAGUGUCCGCGGCCGCCCGGGCCCUCGCCUUCUCGCUCCUCCGCCUCCGGCCGGCCCGGGCUCCGGUCUCAACAUGUCGUACAACUACGUGGUGACGGCGCAGAAGCCCACGGCCGUCAACGGCUGCGUGACGGGUCACUUCACUUCUGCUGAAGAUUUGAAUCUACUCAUUGCCAAAAACACCCGUCUUGAGAUCUAUGUGGUCACUGCAGAAGGGCUGCGGCCAGUUAAGGAAGUGGGCAUGUAUGGCAAGAUUGCCGUUAUGGAGCUUUUCCGUCCAAAGGGCGAGAGCAAGGAUCUGCUAUUUAUCCUGACCGCCAAGUAUAAUGCCUGCAUCCUUGAGUACAAGCAGAGUGGCGAGAGCAUCGACAUCAUCACCCGAGCUCAUGGCAACGUCCAGGAUCGAAUCGGUCGUCCUUCUGAGACUGGGAUUAUUGGCAUCAUUGACCCCGAGUGCCGGAUGAUUGGCUUGCGCCUUUAUGAUGGUCUCUUUAAGGUUAUCCCUUUGGACCGGGAUAAUAAAGAACUGAAAGCCUUCAACAUUCGUCUGGAGGAGCUCCAAGUCAUUGAUGUCAAGUUCCUGUAUGGUUGUCAAGCCCCUACCAUCUGCUUUGUCUACCAGGACCCCCAGGGGCGUCACGUCAAGACCUAUGAAGUGUCUCUUCGGGAGAAGGAAUUCAAUAAAGGCCCCUGGAAGCAGGAAAACGUGGAGGCAGAAGCUUCAAUGGUGAUCGCAGUCCCCGAGCCUUUCGGAGGUGCGAUCAUUAUUGGCCAGGAGUCCAUCACCUACCACAACGGCGAUAAGUACCUGGCCAUUGCCCCUCCCAUCAUCAAGCAAAGCACAAUUGUGUGCCAUAAUCGAGUGGAUCCAAACGGAUCUCGAUACCUUUUGGGAGACAUGGAAGGCCGCCUCUUCAUGCUUCUCCUAGAGAAAGAGGAGCAGAUGGAUGGCACCGUGACCCUUAAGGAUCUCCGUGUGGAGCUUCUCGGAGAGACCUCCAUUGCCGAAUGCUUGACAUACCUCGACAACGGGGUCGUGUUCGUUGGCUCUCGCCUUGGCGACUCUCAGCUCGUAAAACUUAAUGUGGACAGCAAUGAGCAAGGCUCCUAUGUUGUGGCCAUGGAGACCUUUACCAAUCUCGGCCCCAUCGUGGACAUGUGUGUGGUGGACCUGGAGAGGCAGGGCCAGGGCCAGCUGGUCACGUGUUCGGGGGCUUUUAAGGAGGGCUCCCUGCGUAUUAUCCGGAAUGGGAUUGGGAUCCACGAACAUGCCAGCAUCGACCUGCCAGGCAUCAAAGGCUUAUGGCCUCUAAGGUCCGACUCUGGCCGAGAAACAGAUGAUACCUUGGUGCUGUCCUUCGUGGGCCAGACGAGAGUUCUGAUGCUCAACGGAGAAGAAGUGGAGGAGACCGAGCUGACGGGCUUCGUGGAUGAUCAGCAGACUUUUUUCUGUGGGAACGUGGCUCACCAGCAGCUGAUCCAGAUCACGUCUGCCUCUGUGCGGCUGGUUGGCCAGGACCCUAAAGCAUUAGUGAGUGAAUGGAAGGAGCCCCAGGGCAAGAACAUCAGCGUGGCCUCGUGUAACAGCAGCCAGGUGGUGGUGGCUGUGGGCAGGGCCCUCUACUAUCUGCAGAUUCACCCUCAGGAGCUCCGGCAGAUCAGCCAUACGGAGAUGGAGCAUGAGGUGGCCUGCUUGGACAUCACCCCUCUGGGGGACAGCAAUGGGAUGUCUCCUCUUUGUGCGAUUGGCCUCUGGACCGACAUCUCGGCCCGCAUUUUGAAGCUUCCCUCUUUUGAGCUCUUGCACAAGGAGAUGCUUGGGGGAGAGAUCAUUCCUCGAUCCAUCCUGAUGACCACCUUUGAGAGCAGCCACUACCUGCUCUGCGCCUUGGGAGAUGGUGCCCUCUUCUACUUCGGGCUCAGCAUCGAGACGGGCUUGUUGAGCGACCGCAAGAAGGUGACUUUGGGGACUCAGCCCACAGUCCUGAGAACGUUCCGCUCCCUCUCCACCACCAAUGUCUUUGCUUGUUCUGACCGCCCCACUGUCAUCUACAGCAGCAACCACAAGUUAGUCUUCUCCAAUGUCAACCUCAAGGAGGUCAACUACAUGUGUCCCCUCAACUCAGAUGGCUAUCCUGACAGCCUGGCCUUGGCCAACAAUAGCACCCUCACCAUCGGUACCAUUGAUGAAAUUCAGAAGCUGCACAUCCGUACAGUUCCUCUCUACGAGUCUCCAAGAAAGAUUUGCUACCAGGAAAUGUCACAGUGCUUUGGAGUUCUCUCCAGUCGGAUCGAGGUGCAGGAUGCCAGCGGAGGGACGACAGCCCUGAGGCCCAGUGCCAGCACCCAGGCCUUGUCCAGCAGCGUCAGCUCCAGCAAGCUGUUCUCCAGCAGCACAGCCCCUCACGAGACGUCCUUUGGAGAAGAGGUGGAGGUGCACAACCUUCUCAUCAUCGACCAGCACACCUUCGAAGUGCUUCAUGCCCACCAGUUCCUACAGAACGAAUAUGCCCUCAGCCUGGUCUCCUGCAAGCUUGGCAAAGAUGCCAACACCUACUUCGUCGUGGGCACUGCCAUGGUGUAUCCUGAAGAGGCAGAGCCCAAACAGGGGCGAAUUGUCGUUUUCCAGUACUCUGACGGCAAACUGCAGACUGUAGCGGAGAAGGAGGUAAAAGGGGCCGUGUAUUCCAUGGUGGAAUUCAACGGGAAGCUCCUAGCCAGCAUCAACAGUACGGUGCGACUCUAUGAGUGGACAGCAGAGAAAGAACUUCGCACAGAGUGCAAUCACUACAACAACAUCAUGGCCUUGUACCUAAAGACAAAGGGGGAUUUCAUUCUGGUUGGUGACUUGAUGCGCUCAGUGCUGCUUCUCGCCUACAAACCUAUGGAGGGCAACUUUGAGGAGAUUGCGCGGGACUUCAACCCCAACUGGAUGAGUGCUGUGGAAAUCUUGGAUGAUGACAAUUUCCUGGGGGCUGAGAAUGCUUUUAACUUGUUUGUGUGUCAAAAGGACAGUGCUGCCACCACUGAUGAGGAACGACAACAUCUACAGGAGGUGGGGCUCUUCCACUUGGGGGAAUUUAUCAACGUCUUCUGCCAUGGCUCACUGGUGAUGCAGAACCUGGGGGAGACGUCCACCCCGACGCAAGGCUCUGUGCUCUUUGGCACUGUCAAUGGCAUGAUCGGCCUGGUGACUUCCCUGUCAGAAAGCUGGUACAACCUCCUUUUGGACAUGCAGAACCGACUCAACAAAGUCAUCAAAAGCGUUGGCAAGAUUGAGCACUCCUUCUGGAGGUCGUUCCAUACCGAGCGCAAGACAGAGCCAGCUACAGGUUUCAUUGAUGGGGACCUGAUUGAAAGUUUCCUGGAUAUCAGCCGCCCCAAGAUGCAAGAAGUUGUGGCCAACUUACAGUAUGAUGACGGCAGCGGUAUGAAGCGAGAGGCCACCGCAGAUGACCUCAUCAAAGUUGUGGAGGAGCUGACUCGGAUCCAUUAGCCCCGUGGCCGGGAUCCAACCUUCCUAGAACCUCCCUCCAUGUUUUGAGCCUGGAGUCUUCCCCCACCCCCUUCUUUCUUUAGUAGAGGGGGGGGGAACCCUUUCCCCAAGCCAGCUGUCCAGCAGCCCCAAAAGCCACAGUUUGCCCUGUGUGGAAAUGGGGUAAUUCUUGGAGCUGAAACCAGCUCACUAGGGAUAUUGGAAAUGGGCUGGGGGUGACAAUACUUUCACGCCUGGGUUUUCACCUGUCCCACAGUUCAACUGUCACCAGGGACCACCAAGCCUUGGUCUUGGCCAAUUUUCCUCUUUGCAGGGAGGGAAUUCAUAGCUCUUUGGCUGAAGGGAAGAACUGUGACUCUCACUCAUUCACUGUUCUCUAGGAUCUUUUGGGGGUGGGUGGGUGGGGUUCAUUGUCUUUGAAGCCAGGGCCUCCUUUUGCCUUCCCACUGCUGCCUCUGAGAGUAGGCAGGGGGGUGACCGAGAUCUUGGGUCAUCCCAAGCUGAAGACAGGGCUCCCUUGGGGAGCUGCUGCCUUCAGGGACAAAGGAGAGUGGGGGAAGCAAAUGGGUUGUUGGCUUCUGAGUUUUACCAAAUAAAGUAGAAUCCAAGAGGAAAGAGCCCGUUGUUUCUGCUUCUCUUCCCCCUCUGCCUGGCCUGGCCUGGCCUGGCUUGGCUGGAUUCAGCUGACUGGGCCCAGUAGUGAAAGGGCUCUAGGCUCUCCUCCCCACCUUCCUGUGUGUGGCAGCAUCUCAUCAUUUGUCUUUGUGUUGGUAAAUAUUGUCCCUUGGCUUUCUGGCCUCCACCCCUCCUCUCCUGCUAUUGUCCCAGCUAGGGAGAUAUGUCUGGAUUUGAAUAACUUUCUUUGCCUCUGCUGCUUUCACGUCCCACGCCCAGCCUGCUGCCCAUCUCCUCUGGAUGACCAACCUCCCUGUGCUCUAGGCUGGUGGACAGGAGCUCUUGUGACUUGGAUGUUUGUAACAAUCUUUUGGUUUCCUCUGGGAAGUCACCACUGCCUCCAUUUCUCCUAGACUCCCUUUGCCUCGUGGAUGCCUCCAUCCACUUUCCUUCCACAUGUCUCUUACCAAGUGGUCAGGAUGUGGAGGGUAGAUUUUUCCCGGAGUUCCCUCUGAUGACCUCCAGCUCCCCAGGGCCAGGCUCUCAGAGGCUAGAAAAGAAAGGAGGAGAACACAAGCUGUUUGGCCAGCCUCCUGAUGCCACAGUUAUUCUCCUCUUGGUUUAGCCUGGCCAGCUCAAGUAAGCAUUGAUAACCUUUUGGACUGAGAAGCACAAGAAUGAAAUGUGGGUCUGGUAGUUAGCUGUAAUUCAGUUCAAAGAACAUGAAGUAUUGAGCCUGUCUCAGCUUGGAGGGAAAGUGUACAUGGACCACCUCUUCCCCCAGUGGUCUGCCUUCAAGUCAUUCUGAGAGCAGGCCAGUUAAGGGUUAGGGGUGGAGGCCAGGAGCUUUUGAGUCAUAGAAGGCAGAAAUACCUGCUUUUGAUAGGAUUAAAUGCUUCAGGAAAGAUCAAAUCAUCACCUGAGAGCAUCCAGGGAGGGAGGAGUUAGCAGAAGGCAGUAGAAAUCCAGGCAGCUUCAUGGAGAAGGUGCCUAGUUCCCAACCUGGGCUUCCAGUGAAGGGGAACCUCUCAGCGAGGCAUCCAUUGUCUUGGGGAUGGGGAAGUCUGUCCCAGGCUUAUUGUGGAGGUCAAGUAGAGCAGAUCAGAUGUGGCAAGGAGAAUGCCGAGGCUGGAGUGUGGAGAGCUGUGAAAUCAGGCUGAGAAGAGGAGGUUGGAGCCAGAUGGUGGAGGGCCUGGCAUGCCAGGCUAAGUCUAGAACUUUAAUCCUACAAGCACUAGAGAACCAGCAGCAGGUCAGAACUCUGGGUCCUGAAGGGGACUGGCAGGAUGUGGAGAUGGGUGGGAGAACAGAGAGAUACUGGCCUCCCUCCCCACUUGUAGAGGGGCCUCAACCCCACUAAAAGGUCUGGAGAGUGAGUGUAAACACGGAGGCUAGUUCGCCAGUGGGGCUUCCUCCUCUGCAGUUUUUCUCCCCUGCCUUCUGAAGAGAGGAGCCAACUGAUUUCUGUCUCAUGAGACCUCUCAAAGUCAUCUCCUAAAGACACCAUUUGAUUUUGAUAACCGAAAUGUGGAAUUUAAUUGUUGGAAGGCAGGGUUCAGAUUCGAUUAGGCGAGCUGCCCUUUGCUGGGUCCAGUCUUGGCGAGGAAGGCGGGUUGUACCUUUCAGCUAAAGUCAGGAAGACUGCACCCAUGCGAUCAGCCCACUUGUCUUGAGUGAUUGCAUAUUGAGGGCAGGAUGGCUGCAGACAAGAUCAGAAAAUGUCACCUUCUGAAAGCCAAAUGAAGACACUGUAUGGGUAUGGCAGAGCCAAGAUAAAGAGCAGAAGCUGCCCGCCCCAGAUCAUGGUUUGUAAAUGGAUUGUGGAUGAAAUUGAGGUUUUGUCCCAAAGGCACUUGAGAAAAUGGUGUUUUUGCCAAAUUAUAAUGUGGAUAGAACAUUGCUUUUGUGUGAAAGGAACUGAGUUCAUAUAUAGGCACUAGGACUUACGGUACCUGUGGGUUCAUGGACAAGAGCCUUUUUCUGGGCCUCCGUAGUGUCACCCCUAAAAUAAAGAGAUUGGAUGACAUGACCCCCAUGAUCCUUUCCAGCUACAAAUCCUGUGGCCCUCGGUGAAAAACAUUCAAUUGGCUGUGAUUUAGUUCUAACAAAUCUGUUGUCAAAGUGACCCACGCAAGAAGCUCCAAAGGGAUAGGAUCUGACAACCUUAAUCCAGUACCAUCCAACGAAGACACUCGUGUCUGCAGGGGUAUUGCCUUGUGGUAGAGCUGGGGUAACGGUCCAGCUUCUACCACAGCCUGAAUAGAACAUUCCUCAAAACCAUCUACCGCCCUCGGCUCUGAUUCCUUGCUCUCCAGGUGGCCUCCUGAUGACUAGGGUUUGGUUUUUUCCCCCAAAAUAUUGAGAAAGGGGGGCUCUGGGUCAUGGACUUGGAUAUCUUGAUCCCUGGGAAGAUCUAUCCCUUAUUCCCCUCCUCCAGUCCCAUUGUAAAUUAAUAAAUUGGUUUUCAAGUUUA